AUGUCGACCACUACAUCCGACCCAGAAACGGUUUCGAUCAAACACCUCUCAUUCUCACAUCAAAAUGGAACAAAGGCGCUAGUAGAUGUAAACCUAUCUGUACAACGAGGCUCUCGAGUGUUGUUGAUUGGUUCGAAUGGUGCUGGAAAAUCUACACUCCUUCAGAUCCUCGCCGGCAAGCGUAUGGUGCCCGCGGGGAGUGUCGAGCUACUCCAGCACGACGUCUUCCGACAGAGUCCACCAGGCGUAACGUUUCUAGGCACGGAAUGGGCCAUGAAUGCGGUCGUACGAGGGGACAUCAAGGUUUCCGUCUUUCUCGACAGCGUCGGCGGCUACCGACACAAAGCACGUCGGGAUCUCUUGCUCGGAAUCUUGGACGUUGAUCUCGAGUGGCGGAUGCAUCAGAUCUCGGAUGGAGAACGACGGAGGGUGCAGCUCGUCAUGGGCCUCAUGGCGCCCUGGGAUGUCCUGUUGUUGGAUGAAGUCACGGUCGAUUUGGAUGUCCUGGUUAGACAUGACUUGAUCAGCUUUUUGAUCAAGGAGACGGAGGAGCGGAAUGCAACGAUUCUUUAUGCAACGCACAUCUUUGACGGAUUAGAGUCCUUUCCCACCCACGUCGUGCAUAUGAGGGACGGAACAUUGGUGGAUCAGCCAGUCCCAUGGCCGAUACGCAAUGUGGAAGCAACACAUACAUCACUCUACAAUCUCGCGCUCACUUGGCUCAAGGAAGAUAGAGCCAUCCGACUCUCAGCCGAAGCAGCGGGCCAACGAACAAAGAGAGGAGCAAGGGAUUCGGACCAGGUUCCUACAGAUUCGGAGACAUUUUAUAAAAAGUAUGAUUACGCACACUGA